UGGCCGGCCCCGGAAACCAGCAGGCGUUGGGGAGGGGUGGGGGGGAUAGCGGCGGCGGCAGCAGCCCCAGCCCUCAGAGACAGCAGGAAGGGAGGGAGGGAGGGAGCUGGGGGGCCAAGCCCCCACCAUUCCUACCGCUAUGGGCCCAGCCUCCCACUCUCACCUCCCCUCCAUCGGCCGGGGCUAGGACACCCCCAAGUCCUGUCGCCCCCUUGGCACCGACACCCCGACAGAGGCAGAGACACACCGCCACCACCGCUGCCGCAGCCUGGCUGGGGAGGGGGCCAGCCCCCCAGGCCCCCCACCCCACUGAGGUGGCCAGAAUGGAGCUGUGGCCCGGGGUAUGGACGGUGCUGCUGCUGCUCUUCCUGUUGCUGCUCUUCCUGCUGCCUGCCUUGUGGUUCUGCAGCCCCAGUGCCAAGUACUUCUUCAAGAUGGCCUUCUACAAUGGCUGGAUCCUCUUCCUGGCUGUGCUUGCCAUCCCCGUCUGUGCCGUGCGAGGACGCAAUGUUGAGAACAUGAAGAUCUUACGCCUGAUGCUGCUCCAUGUCAAAUACCUGUAUGGGAUCCGAGUGGAGGUACGAGGGACUCACCACUUCCCUCCUUCACAACCCUACGUCGUGGUGUCCAACCACCAGAGCUCUCUCGACCUGCUCGGGAUGAUGGAGGUACUGCCAGGCCGCUGUGUGCCCAUUGCCAAGCGGGAGCUGCUGUGGGCUGGCUCUGCUGGACUGGCCUGCUGGCUGGCAGGAGUUAUCUUCAUUGACCGGAAGCGCACAGGGGAUGCCAUCAGCGUCAUGUCCGAGGUUGCCCAGACCCUGCUCACCCAGGACGUGCGGGUCUGGGUUUUCCCCGAGGGCACGAGAAACCAUAACGGCUCCAUGCUGCCCUUCAAACGUGGCGCCUUUCACCUCGCAGUGCAGGCCCAGGUUCCCAUUGUCCCCAUCGUCAUGUCGUCCUAUCAAGAUUUCUACUGCAAGAAGGAGCGCCGCUUCACUUCUGGGCGAUGUCAGGUGCGGGUGCUGCCUCCGGUGCCCACAGAAGGGCUGACACCAGACGAAGUCCCAGCGCUGGCCGACAGGGUCCGGCAGUCCAUGCUCACCGUUUUCCGGGAGAUCUCCACCGAUGGCCGGGGUGGGGGUGACUAUGUGAAGAAGCCUGGAGGGGUGGCGGAGGCCCGGCUCUGAGCUCCCCUCCCAUCUCCCCAACUUUCCUUCCCAGACCUCCCAGUCCAGUGGGCCCUGAACUAGGGCGAGUGAGCCCUCUUCCUCAUUUACCCUCUCCCACCUGUCCCCUCUUCUUUGGAAUCUUCGCGUUCUGAAGUGAAUGUGGAUACAGCACCACUCGCUGCCCCUUCCCAGCAACCACCCUCACCCCCAGAUUCUUUGCCUCGGUGCAGUCUCCACUCUGACCCCACCCACCUCCUGUGCCAUCUUGUCUGUGGGAAGGUUGCCUCCCUCUUAUCCCAGUGGCUCAGCCUACACAGGGCGAGAACACUCAAUCCUGUCCCCAGUGGACUCUUCCUUUGUGGUCUCUCUCCGUCCACCACCCCACAUUGGCCAGUAGACUCAUCCAUUCUAUGGAACAGUUCCCCACCCCCUUGUCCGUGGAAUCAGUGGACUCAUCCUUUGUGAGGAAGACUCGUGCUGUGGCUGGAAGCUGACGCCUGGAACACUCCUCCCAGGCUGAUCCUGGCAACACUCCUCAGCAUCUUCACCCUUCUCCGCAGAGCCUCCUGUCCCGGAGGCUGGACUCUUCAAACUCAGAGGUCUCAUCCCCGCCUGUGCCCAGGCGCCCAGGGUGGAGCACACUCCUGGACGCCAGUUUGGUCUACACAUUUCUGCUUCCUCCUGUCCCGUGGUACAGUUCGGUGGUCCUGGCCCCACCCAGCCCCAUGAAGCCCCGCUGCUCCAUUCUAAAAAGACACCGGGGAAGAGGCAGACUGAGGUGCUGCACUCGCUCUGCUCCUGGGGACUUGGAGGAAGGAUCUGAACCCUGGCUGGAGGGGAUAGGAGGGCUUUUAAUUUAUUUCUCUUUCUUUUGAGGCUUCUCCUCUCUGAGCCAGUUUUCAUUUCCUCCCUAUGGCAUUAACCACUCCCUGCCUCCCACCCCAGACCUGUGCCCACAACCAGGGAGGUGGGUUGGGAGUCAAAGGAAAGAGUGGGACCCAAUUUUGUGUGGUUGGUUUUAUUAGUUAUCUGGAUAACAGCAAGAAAUGAAGAAUAAAGCUUGAGAGAGAUCUG